CAAAAAAAGAAACUCUGAUCACUCAGAUUAGGGUUAUUUUGUGUGACUUAUGGAAAAAGCUUUCUCCCUUUCAACCCCCUUCCCUUUUCUUUUCUGUUUGUAACGCUCUGUUAUCAAUGAAUAAACUCAUAUUCUCACCAGAAAAUGUAAAAGAAAACCAGUCAAACAAGUCGAAUGUGACACCAUCAACCAACAAGAUCAUUUUGGAUUACUUGCUUUAUCUUUCUAUUCAAUCCAGAUUAAACCAAGCCAGUAUCGAAUUGCUUGAGUUAUCCGAUCCAUUGCCAAAAGAAAAAGAAAGACUUGAAGUACGCAAGAAGAGAUGGGUAGAGUCAGCCACAAAGGCAGAACAAGAUAAACGCGCAGUUGAAUCAAUAGUGGCAGGCAUACUUUCCAGUCACUGCAACAAGACACUCUCUUUUAAACACAACCACCAUUUUGAACAGCGCCUUCACUUGUGCCAACUGACGAACCUUGUCUUUGGCCGAUUCGACGCUCUGUGGACCGGACAGCAUGUGAUUGCUCAUAAAGCAACCGCGCGUAGACGACGACACCAAUCGGUCGUAGUUGACAAUCCGGACGAGGACGACAUUCUUUGCGAUAUCAAGAAACGCGAAAAACGUUUCUCGCAGCCUAUCGUACCUCCCUUUUGCCGACGACACCGCGUACAAGACUGUUAUGGAUGUGUCUUACCCAAUCAUCCCACGUCGCCGGCCCCGCCCGCAGGACUGAUCGAAGCCAUUCCAACCUUUUUGAGAACAAGCGCAGAUAUGCUUCGACGUAUACUUGAAUCAGAUAACGAGGUCAAGCCCAUGAUGUUUGCUGGUCAAAAGGUAAUGGGUGGAGGUAUGCCACCCAAGUGGUAUGACCUCUUCCUGGAACUCCUCACGCAGGCUGCGAUCGAGAGUUACCUGUGUGAUGCUCAGGUUGGCCUAGAGCCUAUAUUUGAGAUAUUCUCUUAUGGAGAUGUUGAGGAGGAAGAGGAUGAGGAAGAAUAUGAAGAAGAAGAGCAUGAGCAAGACGUGGACGAAUGGGGGAUCAGAGCAGCAGAUCAUCAUUUGCUGUUUCCAAAAACACGUACCAUGUACCUGUUCAAGACUCAAGUAAGAGAAAGGGAAAAAGAUUUUUUGAAUAUUACCGAAGGAAGCUUUCAAGCACACUUUGAGAAGCUAGCACAACGUUUUCCUCUUGAGCAUUUUGAAAGAAAUAUGGGUGACUUUAUUCAAAUGAUCCUAGAUACGAUGGAUAUACCAACAUUAGAUAAUAAUGAUUCAAAUGAAGCUACAGAAACACAGGAGCAAACAGGUCCCUCUGUUUAUAAAUAUCCUGGAGAUGGUUCACUCUUAAUGCCAGAAAUUCCAGAUGAUGAUGCUCAAACAACAGAAACGGGUAAAAAACGACCUGUGUCUGUCUUGGAGGAAGAAAAGGACACAACUGAUAAUAAUAGCAAUAAUAAUAAACGCGUAAAGGAGCAGCCAUAAUUCAAUUUUUAUUCGCUAUCAGAACUGCUGUCACUUGUGUCGCUGCUGUCUUCACUAGAAGACGAGCUACUAGUGUCGUCUUCAUGAUCAGAUGAACGAAGUUGAUCUUCUUCUUCAUCAUCACUACUAUCACUACUAUUACUGUCAUCGCUGCUACUGUCGCUUUCACUAUCAUCGCUACUGCUGCUGCUGCUGCUGCUGCUACUGCUGCUACUGCUACUGUCCUUGAUAUUGUUGAUAUUCUUUUUAACCGCAACACUUGGCUUUACAGUAGGCAGAAGCUUUCUUUUUACAGGCAAAGCGUCCACCUUUUCGAGUUUAGGCUUCUUUUCCACGCCAUGCGUUUUCUCAUAGGCGGCCAUUUCCUUUGUGUAUCUUUCUC